AUGUCCGUGUCCGAUAAAACUGUUGACGAUAAAUGCGCUCCAUGUGUUCCUGGUAACGAAAAGGCCUGCAAUUGUGUUAUGGCAUCGACGAAGCUUGCCGGUAUUGAUGAUGAUCAGUACCGCCGAGAUGUCCUUUUACUUUCGUCCGGGGAGCAGGAGAGCGCGCGGGAACAGCAGUUGGUGGAAGAUGCGAAACAACUAGGGCUCAAAGUUCCAGAUGUUGAGAUUGUGGCGUCGCUUGCUGCUUCAAUCGCCUCUGGAAUGGUCGAUCUUUCCUCUCCGAUCCUCUCCUCCAGUUCCUCGACCGACCGCAAUUCGGUAUGCGACGCCUCGUCAAUCCAAGAAUCCGCACCUCUCGAUCAGCUGGGCUCGUCCCUCUCCGAAUAUACCCUCUCAUCAAAUCCCGCCAAGGGUGGAAGCACUCGAUCCAUUGCCUCGCUAUCGACGCGCCCGACCUCGUAUAGCUCGAGUGAGGGCAAACUAGCACAAGGAACCGACACAAUUACAAUCGGACCUUUUGGACACCGAGGUUCGCUUUUGAGCGUGAUAAACGGCAGCGAGAAGAAGGAGAAGGAAAGACGGCGCUCAAGUAUCAAGUCCGCGAUUGGAAAAAUUCACUUUCGAAAGAAAAGGACCCCCUCUACGGUACUUCUUCCUCCAGCCGCGCAAAUCACUUUUACCAAGGGCGAAAGUGGUGUUGAGAAACUCUACGUGGAAUCAAAACCAAGCACCUCACGCCGAUCGCUUGCCCAGGAUGAUGAGGAAGAAGUCCUGAAACUCGAGGUCCCCGUGUUCGACAACGAGGCUCUGCUGCGGAGUCUUGCGAAUCCCGAGUUGAAACAACUGCGCGAAGCUCACACAAUGGAAAGAAAUCGACAUGUAUCCUUUCAAAAUAAUCUGGUCGGUGAGCUGCGGCGCAUUCAACAAACAAAGGUGGAGGAGACAUUGGCGCAUAACCGUCAUAUUGAGGAUGAGAAGCGUGAGAAGAAUAUCGCAGACGCCUCUCGCAUGGAAGAACGGCAAUUGGUGGUAGAGAUGGAGCAAGUACGGGAAUUCGAAAGGGCCAAAACAAACUCCCGAACACGAAUAAAAUACAUGGAAGGAUAUUUGAGCAGCUCAAGCCCUCCAAGCUCGCGAUCUCCAUCCAUUUCAGGGUCCGACUUGACGACCGGUCGCAGUUUCACACAACAGCAAAAGGCACAGCUGGCACAGGAAUAUCACGAUUACGAUGCCAUGGAUCAACUUCAUGAAGCCAAGAUCAAAGUGCUCCGAGACCGGCAGGAGAUUCGUCUGCAAGAGGCCGUUGCUCGGAUGAACCGGGAACUCGAAGCCCUAAUUGAUAAACAUACCGUUGAAUGGUCUGAACUCCAGAAAUCCCAUCAACAGGAAGAAGUGACUCUCGUGCAAUCACUCGACGCUAAAAAGGCCAGACUCCGUCACCGAUGGGUCCUUGAGGAAGCUAUACUCCGCAAGAAGCUCGAAGAUCAACACGAGAAGCCAUACGGUCCCCUCCCUCCGCUCUCAUUCUCAGACACGCAAUCCGAAACGCGCGACUCUGCAAUAUGCGUCGUGGACACCGACCAGGAUUCAGAAACACUCCGUCAGAAAUCAUGA